UUCCAUAGCCAAUAAGGCUGCGUAGGGGAAAUUUGAUGAUGGCUUCCCUCUUUGCGCUAAGCCUAACAAUUAUGAGUAACGCUAGCGGGCCGUUUUCUGUACAGCACCGGAAACGGUUUGCAGCUAUGUUUGCGUCAGUGCUGCUGAGUGAAAGGUAGAGGCACUUGGACCUCAACAGCCGCACGAUGAAUUAUUGGAACAGGUGUGGCGGGCGUCCGCCCAUAUUCGAGUUUUAUAUGACUGAGUUCCCGUUGCCCGAAGAAGGGAACUUCAGAGCAACAUGCAAAGUUUGUAACACUUCGAUUAGCGCCUCAAGACGAGCGACUUCCAAUUUAAUAUCACAUAUGAAGCGCAAGCACCCGGGUGUCUACCACGACAACAGUUCUCCGAGGCCACCCGAACCCCUCUCCGCUUCUACAAACUCGCACCAGCAAGUGGUGCCUCAACAGCAGCAACAGGUCGUGCCGGCAGCAGUGCAACCUUACGUCGAUCAACGCCAGCAGCAAGUCACGGAAGCUCUCGUAGACCUCCUGGCGGGAGGCCUUCUGGACCCUUCGCUGGCCGACACCCGAGAGUUCCGUCGCUUUGCAACACUGCUCGAUCCCAGCUACGACCCACCAUCCGCUUCUCAGCUCGUCUACUGCCUUCUUCCCGCUCGCAGGUGGGGCCUUCAACAACGUGCCAUGUUGAUGCUGGAAGCGGCGGAGUGUGUCGCGCUCACGCAGGACGUGUGGGUCGGGCCCACCAGUUGCAUCUGUAUCUGUGGCCACUUCAUUCUCAACUGGAAACUGCGGUCCGUGUUCCUGGCGUGUCGCUACUUUGUCGAUGCGGACCUCAGUGAAUGUUUGACGCAGUUGUUUGCGGAGACGGUUGCACAGUACAACCUCGGGGACAAGGCCUCCCGUGCGGCCGUGUACGACGCCGUCGGUGUGGUGCGCAGCUUUCAGACUUCGUUGCCGGGGUUCUCGGUCUGCGAAGAAGACACGACGGGCGCUGCGGAUCGUUUGCCGUCAUCCGGGAGUUCCCAAGAUGGAGGUAGCUUUGGUGGCAUAGGGAUUGGAGCGGUCGAUUCGAAGGAGUGGGGAUCCCUCUUUCCUGAGGGGCUGGGAUGUUUUGGAGAAGCACUGCAGCUGUGUGUGAGUGAUGGCUUAAAGGAGAAUGAACUAUUGGAGUUGAUUGUGAAUAAGGUGAGCAGCGUGGCAGACGUAAUCCGCAACCUUCCGGCAGGACCCCUGGACGCUAUCCGACACGCCGUAGAAGUGGGCUGUGCCUCGUGGAGCUCCCAGCUUCAGGCUCUGCGCGCAUGUGCAGCUGCUCCACUGGAUGCCCUCCAGGCGGCAGCACCAUCGCUAUCCUUUGCUCCUGAAGACCUUGAACUACUGAGGGAGCUGUCGGAACUGAUGGAGCCCUUUGAAGAGGCCUUCCACUUGAGCCGUGCUGAGGGGCGCAUCACAGCAAGCUACGUCGUACCCUGUAUUCGAGGACUGCGGGCACAUCUAGAAGCACUGCGACCAUCCUGCAGGCUAGCUCCAACAGUGGGGCGCCUGGGAAAAGCGCUGCGCGAGAGGCUGGGCAGAUUUGAGCAGUGUGGGACGUAUGCACUGUGUUCCAUGCUUGACCCACGUUUCAAACUGCGCUGGUGUUCGGAGGAAGAGGAACAGCGGAGGCUCACGACUUUACUCGCUGGGAAGGUCCAGGAUGAAGAUGGGCUCAAUGGUGCGGUGGAGCUCUACCAGCCCCAAGAGAGGAGAAAAAGCAAGCUGUUCCGCUACAUGAGCCCCGAAGGGAGUAACUCCGCGGCAGGCGCCGCUCCCGCGCCCAUGACCCAGUGCUGGGAAGUGAGCAGCUACCUGGCUGCGCCCUGCGUGCCCGAGGGGGGUUGCCCCCUGGAAUUCUGGCGCCAGCACCAGGCUCAGUACCCCAAGCUCGCCCGUCUGGCCUGCCGCCUUCUAGCCCUGCCAGCGACAGCCGCCCACCUCCUGCGUCUCAGUCGGGUGGGCGGACGGGUGGCCAACCCCGCGGACUCUCGCCUCAACGGGGUCACCUUUGAAAACCUCAUGUUCAUCAAGUGCAACCAGGAAGUGAGGUAGGGCCCAAGUCAAAAGGCAACAUAACUGGAUGUGCAGUCUAAAAAGUGUUGUGAUUGUAACGUUCUGUCCUCCAAGGACAUGCAUAUGUUUGUGUGUGGGAUCUGGUCACGUAGGGGUUCUAGGACAUCCACGAAAGGUAGCAGUAUUUGCGGCUUGAGAUGAAUUCGGGUGACGCUGCUGGCAAGGGGAGCUUGCACUUCCAAAUGAGCACACGGCCUUCUCUAAUGCUGUCAUUGCAGUCGUACGGAGAAUUAAUAAAUAAGACCAGCAGAGUCGGACCAAAAAACGAC